GCCCGCCGGGCGGAGCCGCCGUGACCCGGCGCAGCCGGAACCCCGUGGGCGGCCGCGGCCCCCGCGCUGCGGCGGGCGGGGGACGGAGGCAGCGCCAUGGGCGCGGAGCACAGCGCCGAGGCCGAGAGCCGCUCGGGCGAACCCGGCGCCGCAGCAUCUCCGUUGCCAGCCAAGCAACGAGCAAAAAUGGACGACAUUGUGGUCGUAGCCCCAGGAACACAAUCCUCACGGAAUGUCAGCAAUGAUCCAGAUGUCAUAAAACUGCAGGAAAUUCCGACUUUCCAGCCCCUUUUGAAAGGACUCCUCAGCGGGCAGACGUCCCCGGCCAACGCCAAGCUGGAGAAGCUGGACCCGCAGCAGGUGCUGCAGCUGUGCCUGCGGUACCAGGACCACCUGCACCAGUGCGCUGAGGCCGUGGCCUUCGACCAGAACGCGCUGGUGAAGCGCAUCAAGGAGAUGGACCUCUCCGUGGAGACUCUCUACAGCCUCAUGCAGGAGCGCCAGAAGAAGUACGCCAAGUACGCGGAGCAGAUCCAGAAGGUCAACGAGAUGUCUGCCAUCCUGCGCCGCAUCCAGAUGGGCAUCGACCAGACGGUGCCGCUGAUGGAGCGCCUCAACAGCCUCCUGCCCGAGGGGGAGCGCCUGGAGCCCUUCUCCAUGAAGCCCGAGCUGAGGUCCUAGUGCUGCACGGCUGCCCCUCCUCGCCUUCCACGUUCGCACGGACGCG